CUACUUGCGCCUUUCAAGCGGUCAGACCAGAACACUCAACAGGUUUAGAGACAUCUGACGGGCAUCAGAGAAACGGAUGUACACUGAAACUCGAGGUGCUGCUUGGAAAAUCACAGGUACAAUAACAUGUGGAGUGACUAAUCUGCCCGGACGCCAUAAAAGGAAUGAGAGGAACUUAUGCACACAACAUCACUCUGUGAGCAUCAUUUAGCCAUGCAGAUUUCCAGUGAAACACAGAAUGUGGAAAUAACAAUUCAGCACAUUUUAGAGUGAAAUAAGUCUACAUAAAAUUAAAACAACACAGCAGUGCAUGCAUCAAGUUUGCUGUAAUGAUUCAGGGAAGCCUUAUUAAUUUUAGACACAUAACCUUCAGUAAACAUAAAAACUGUAACUCUAUGAAAGGCACAUAAAGUGUAAGUGCCGCUUUAUACACACAGAGCGUACAUACGAAAAGCAUCUUAACUGAAGUCCCCUUCUAAAAUAAUGUGGCGACUGAAAAGACGCUGGGUGCAGCUGUUGCUGAAGCUCACUGUCGGCCUGGUAUCACUAUGGAUGCUUGCCCUACUCAGUCGCCCCAAAACUGGCUGGGAUCCUGCCUAUAUUCUCAGCUACAGCUGGCUGGAGUAUACAGAUGCUGAUGGCGCCCCAGAGAGAGUGUGCAACUGUUCAGCAAUACUACAAGGGGAGAUGGAUGCAGUGGAGGAGGCCAAAAUACUGAGCAUCACUAAAGCCUUCCGCAAGAGUGUUCAGGUCCCCGAUGAGUAUUACAUUAAUGAAACUCAAGACUGCAGGAAAUUUAUGAUAAGAAGGAAAUAUAUACCAUUUCCAUUAAGCCAGGAAGAAGAGGAGUUCCCUCUGGCUUACUCUAUGGUUGUGCAUCAUAAGGUGCAGAACUUUGAGCGACUGCUUCGAGCCAUCUAUGCACCUCAAAAUAUUUACUGUGUCCAUGUGGACAAAAAAGCAAAGCCAUCAGUCUUUGCUGCCAUCAGUGGCAUUACUUCCUGUUUCCCUAAUGUCUUCUUGGUCAGCCGGGCUGUGGAUGUGGUCUACGCUGCCUGGCCACGCGUCCAGGCUGACCUUAACUGUAUGGCUGAUCUUUAUAACUCCAGCACCAAAUGGAAAUACUUCAUCAACCUUUGUGGCCAGGAUUUUCCUCUGAAAACCAACUUGGAGAUAGUAAGGAUGUUGCAUUCACUGAGGGGUGGUAACAGCUUGGAGUCAGAGCAAAUAGCUGGAGGAAAGAAGUGGAGGAUGUCCAAAGUUCACCAGAUAAUUGAUGGAAAAAUCCAGGGGACAAAUGAGCGAAAGGAACCGCCUCCAUUCAACUUGCCUAUUCUGUCAGGAAAUGCCUACAUGGUGGUUAACCGAGGCUAUGUCCGCAGUGUGUUGGAGGACAAACGAAUACAGGCACUGAUGGAGUGGGCCAAAGAUACCUACAGUCCUGAUGAGUUCAUAUGGGCUACCAUUCAACGAAUCAGUGGUGUUCCUGGAUCAACAUGGCCCAACUCCAAAUACGACAUAACAGACAUCAAUGCGAUUGCGCGGCUGGUGAAGUGGCAAUGGCAUGAGGGGUCACAGAGUUCACUGCAGGCGGUGUACCCAGAGUGUCAAGGCAGCCAUGUCAGGGCAGUAUGUGUGUAUGGUGCUGGAGAUCUCAAGUGGAUACUUGAACAGCACCAUCUCUUUGCCAAUAAGUUUGAUACAGAUAUAGAGCCAAUCGCUGUCUACUGCUUGGAGAAGUAUCUGAGACAAAAGGCACUGGCGGAAAUACAUUAGAUGUGUUUUAGAUUUUUCUGCAACAGUUGAUUAAAAUAAAACUAUUGGUUUUUAGUUAUUUUUCAAUUAAGUUAUUUAAUUAAUUCAUGUGCAAACAGAAAUUUCAUUUUCUAUACUGUUUUAUCCAUACAGGGUCGUGGGAGGGGCUGGAGUGGCCAAUUAACCUGUGCAUGUUUUUGGACAAAAAUUGUAUUAUCAAAACAGUUAACUUGAGGUUAGAAGAGUAUGAUAUUAGAGUAUUAGAAUAAUUUCCAGCAGGAAAAAAUGUAAGCAUGUUAGUAUAAGUGAAAGAAAUACAAAAGUUAAUAAAAUGUUAAUCAACCUGUUAA